AUGACGAGUUUACUGCCGUUUAACGCAGGGGAUUUGUUAGAUUGUAAUGCAAUAAACCUCGAUGUUUUAACAGAAAACUACGAUAUUAGCUUCUAUUUGGAGUACAUGUACUACUGGCCCGACCUGCUGUUCAAAUCAGUGUCGCGAACUCGCAACGUAGGCUAUAUGAUUGGCAAGAGCGAGGGCGCCGGCCUGGAAUGGCAUUCUCACAUUACCGCCGUCACGGUUGACAUGGAGUACCGAAGGCUUGGGCUGGGCCGUGUUUUGGUUGACCUGCUCAAGCUUGCGUCCGAAGCACCCGACCAGAACUGUUACUUUAUGGAUCUCUACGUGCGCACAUCUAACCGCAUUGCCGUCGACAUGUACAAGCUAUUCGGGUUUGCACCGUUCCGACGGGUAGUCGGCUACUAUGGACAGGGCAGAGACCAGGACGCUUUCGACAUGCGCAUGCCCCUGAAGCGAGACCCACACCGCAAGAGCCUUAUCAAGGGCCCUCACACGUACGAGUCCAGUCAGAACCGGUACAAGUACGACAAGAAGUCGCUUAGCUGA